AUGGUGACGCCCCCUACGGGUCCUCCAUUACGGAUAACCCACCCGUCCCACCCAGGGCACGUGCUCACGCUUUAUGCCACCGGCGGCGUGCUGUUCCAGUGCGACGGCUGCCGGCACUACGGCGAGGACGACCGCAGGUACCGGUGCGACCCGUGCGACUUCGAUCUUCACGUCUGCUGCGUCCCCUUCAAGGUGGAGGACCUGACGCUCACGCAUGCUUUCUUCAAGGGCUGCACGUUCGACUUUCGCUACAGCCCUCCCGGCGGCGCCCUGGCCGGCCGCGGCAGCUUCUGCGGCGCCUGCGGAGACCAGGUGCUCGGCUUCUUGUUCCACGACGGCCACCGCCAGAUCGGCCUCCACCCGCAGUGCGCCAACCUGGCCGAGCGCGUGGUCCAGCACGACGGCGUGUUCGACCUCCUCAAGGAGUCGCCUGCCCAUGGUUGCGCAGGUGAGCGCGCCAACGGGAUAUGCGGUGGGAACGCCGACGACAUGGGAGGUGGGCAUGCCGCAGAGCGCGCCGACGACAUGGGAGGUGGGCACGCCGCAGAGCGUGCCAACGACAUGGGACACUGGGUUGUCAUCCAGCAUCAGCAAGAUCUCGCUCUUUUGCAAGGUUGCGGUGGCCGUCGCCAGGGUCGCCUCCGCCGUCUCCACUGGCACGGGGGGUGA